AUGGCAACUGGAGGAUCUUUUACAUGCACAAGAUGGCGAUUGUUUUAUGGAUUUCGAUGUCAAAUUGGACUGCUUGUGUUUCUGUUUCAUGCGGUUAACAUGGUAGGUGGUCAGAUUCGUUAUUCAAUACCAGAGGAGAUGAAGAAAGGCUCUGUUAUCGGGAAUGUAGCGCAAGAUCUAGGUUUAGAUCUGAAGAGGCUCCGUUCGGGGCGGGCCCGUAUCGUGACCGGAGAAAACAUUCACUACACCGAGCUGAAGACAGACAAAGGGAUUCUAGUCGUGAAUGAGAGAAUAGACCGAGAGCAGCUUUGUGGAGACGUGACUCCGUGUAGCUUCAGCUUUGAGGUGAUUUUGGAAAACCCUAUCGAAUUGCACAGAAUAACUGUUGAGGUUUUAGAUAUAAAUGAUCACGCACCCGUCUUCCCAAAUAAAGAUACGCCUAUUUGCCUUGAAAUCAGUGAAUCAGCUGUAGUUGGAGUCCAGUUUCCACUGCAAAGUGCAGAGGAUCUAGAUGUCGGCCAAAACGCGUUGCAAGAUUAUGUUUUGUCGCCAAACGAACAUUUCAUAUUGAAGCAACAUGCAAAUCCAGAUGGAAGUAAAUAUGUUGAAAUGAUUCUCCAGAAGCCUUUAGACAGAGAGCGACAUCCACAUCUGUCUUUAAAACUCAUCGCAGUUGACGGAGGAACACCACAGAGAUCGGGGACAGUAAAUAUAGAUGUCACCGUGUUAGAUGCCAACGAUAAUGUUCCCGUGUUUAACCAGUCGGUGUAUAAAGCAUCUGUGAUGGAAAACACAACGAAAGGAACUAGUAUUAUAACUGUAAAUGCCACGGACGCUGACAGUGGUUUAAAUGGGGUCAUCGCGUACAGUUUGUCUAAGACGAAAGGAAAUGUGAGGAAUGUAUUCAGUAUUGAUGAAAACACAGGCACAGUUUCUGUUUCUGGUCGGAUAGAUUAUGAAAAAGACCGAAAAUACGAGGUCAGAGUCGAGGCAAAGGACCACGGUGGCCUAACCGGGACGAGUAAAAUAACAUUAGAUGUGUUUGAUGUCAACGACAAUGCGCCAAUUAUAAACAUUAUGUCAUUUUCUAGCCCUGUAUCAGAGGAUGCACGUCCUGGUACAACUGUUGCUGUUUUAAAUAUAAAAGAUGCAGAUUCUGAAACAAAUGGACAAAUAAAAUGUUCUAUUGAUCGUAAACUUCCUUUUAAGAUCGAAUCAUCUUUAACAAACUAUUACAAUUUAAUCACAGAUCAACAUUUUGAUAGAGAAUCCGUCUCAGAAUAUAAUAUAACAAUAACAGCCACUGAUUUGGGGUCUCCCCCACUUUUUAGCUCCACAAAGUUACACCUUAAAAUCUCUGACGUAAACGACAACGCACCUAUAUUCAAUAAAAACAGCUAUUCUGCUUUCAUCACAGAGAAUAAUUCCCCUGGAACUUCCAUAUUUGCUGUCAGCGCGCGAGACUCUGAUUGGAAUCAAAACGCAAGAGUAUCCUAUCUUUUAGAGGACACACAAGUCAGUGGGAGUCCAAUCUCUACUUAUGUGUCUUUAAACUCGGAAACUGGGGUUCUUAGCGCAGUUAGUUCUUUUGAUUAUGAACAAAUUAAACAGCUUCAAUUGGUUGUCAAAGCGCAGGAUGGAGGCUCCCCUCCACUCAGUAGCAACGUGACUGUGAAAGUACUGAUCCAGGACCAGAACGACAACCCUCCUCAGGUUCUGUACCCAGUCCAGACUGGUGGCUCUCUGGUGGCUGAAAUGGUGCCUCGUUCAGUAGAUGUGGGCUAUCUGGUCACUAAAGUGGUGGCUGUGGAUGUGGACUCUGGACAGAAUGCCUGGCUCUCCUAUAAACUACAGAAAGCCACAGACAGGGCGCUGUUUGAAGUGGGCUUACAGAAUGGAGAAAUAAGAACUAUCCGCCAAGUCACUGAUAAAGAUGCUAUGAAACAAAGACUGACUGUUAUCGUGGAGGACAACGGGCAGCCCUCUCGUUCAGCUACAGUCAUUGUUAACGUGGCGGUGGCGGACAGCUUCCCUGAAGUGCUGUCUGAGUUCACUGACUUUACACAAGACAAGGAGUACAACGACAACCUGACUUUCUACUUAGUGCUGGCUUUGGCUGUAGUUUCCUUCCUCUUCAUCACCUGUCUAGUGGUUAUUAUAUCAGUGAAGAUCUACAGGUGGAGACAGUCUCGCGUCAUGUAUCACUCCAAUCUCCCUGUGAUUCCGUAUUAUCCACCACGUUACUCAGACACUUUGGGGACAGGGACUCUCCAACACGUGUACAACUACGAGGUGUGCAGGACGACUGACUCCAGAAAGAGUGACUGUAAGUUCGGCGGAGCCGGUAGUCAGAACGUUCUGAUAAUGGACCCCAGUUCUACAGGGACGAUGCAGCGGAUACAGAGUGAGAAGAGCAUCUUGGAUGAACCAGACUCUCCUCUAGAGGUGAGUUAA